AUGGCGUCAACACGAUCCGAGGAUACACCGCCCGCCGCCACCGAUGGGAAGGGCCAGCUAGAGGAGAAGGCACCGGUUCACGAUGCCAGUACCGCUGACCACACAGUUCCGGCAGCGCUGCAAGCCAAGACAAAGGAAGACCUCGCGAAAGUGGCGCAGACGCUCCGGGAGGAUGCGACGGAAGCGAUGGAGGAGAUGCGGAAACGAGCGGCGAGGUACCGCGAGACGCCGAAGGAGGACACAGACGACCUCACCGCACAGAUGGAAGGUCUCCAGGUGGAUAGCAAGAUGGCCUUGUACGACAAGCUAUUCGAGGCACACCCCGUCGCCAUCGGAAAGGCGAUCUCGAAGACAGAGAGGGACGAAACGGACCAGAGCGGCAACUCCACCCUGGUCUACGGGGAGAUAACCUUCAAGACGCUGGCGCUGGCGCUGCACAAGGUCAAGACCAAGUACGGCUUGCCGGGCGUGGGCAGCUCCGGGCCGGCGGGGGUCCUCCAGGAGGGAAGCGGCGGGGCGUUCUACGACAUCGGGUCCGGAACGGGGAAGCCGGUUUUCGCGGCCGCCAUUCUGCAUCCCUUUCACAAGGCGGUGGGGAUAGAGAUUUUGGAAGGGCUGUGCGCUACCUCCUGGGAGUUGCUCAAGGCGUGGGACGGGGGAAUUCGGGAUAGGGUCGGCCACGGGCAGGAACCAACGAAGGUGGAGUUCUUCCUCGGAGAUGCCCUGGACAUGAAUGUGUGUGACUGGAGCGACGCUACCGUGGUGUUCGCGAACAGCACCUGUUUCGACGACACCCUGAUGAGGAGGCUGGCCAGCGCGGCCACGGCCCUCAAGAAGGGCACCAUCUUCAUCACCCUCACCAAGCGCUUGCCGGCCGCCUAUUUCAAAGUACUGGAGCAUGACAUGUUUCCCAUGAGCUGGGGGUCGGCGACGGUGUACAUCUCCCAGAAAACGACGGCACCUUUCGGAGAUCCCAGCGCGGUCGAGGAGGAUAGCAGUACCAGCAGCCAAGACGGCGGUGGCAGCGUCGGCGGCAGAAAAACCACGGGGUGA